AUGUCUGCUAGAACUCAAUAUAAUGAAGAUAUAUAGAAACAAUUAAUUGAAGUAGUAGAAACAUAUGGAGGAAAAAAUUGUAAAAGUUGGACUUAAGUUGCCCGUAUUUUUGAAUUAACAACUGGAAUUAAAGUCUAAAACACAUUUGAUUUAAAAAAGAAGUUAUUGAAAAUUGUUAUAAUAGAUGGGAAAUGUUUACUAAUUAUAAGGAAGAAUUAUCCCAAGAUGAACUAAAAGCCUUAUACUCAACUGGAGUUAGAUGUCGAGGGCGUCAUAAAGCAGGAAAUGAAGAAUUCUUUAAAUUGACUGGAAAAAAGUAAAUAUCAGUAAAUAUAUUUAGAUUGUAUGUCAAUCAAUAUAGCAAAAUGGUGGGUAAUUUCUUAUUAUAAGCCAUUAAGUUAUUGUGUUAGUCAUUUUUUAAUUAAAUAAAAGUCAAAUAUAGAUAAUUAGGAUAAGAAAGAUUUCAUAGUAGAAUAAGUUAUGUCUCUAUACAUAUUCUAUUAAGAGCUGUAGAAAUUAAUAAACAUCUUGAUGAUUUUUUUGUUUAAGAAUUGAAACAAUCAGCUGAAAAAUUUGAAUAAUUAUUAUUAAUAUAGGCUGAACAUCAUGAAGAUGAAAGAAUCGAUAGAUUUUAACAUUAUAGAAGAAUAAUUAAUAGAAGAGAAUUCAAAAAGAUUGCUUUUUUUCUUGAUUAUGUGAAUGAAUUAAAAUAAAUUAGCAUUAAUUUAUAUUAAGAAUAGAUAGGAAGACAUCCAUUAUUAUUUCCUUAAAUUGAAGAAAAUAAAUCAUCAAAGAUAUAUUAAUUAUUAAUUUGGGAAAAUGAUUGGUAAUCAAAAUACAACUUAUUCUAAGAAUGUGCAGCUAAAUCUGAUUGGGAAGAAUAUUCAAUGUUAAUUAAGAAAACAAAAAAGAAUGAAGAUAACAAAUAAAUUAAAAAAAAAACACCUUAAUAAUAAGUAUAAUAAAAAUAAUAAUCCUAUGAAAUUAUUAAUUAAGAAACAAUUGAACCUGAAACUAAUAAAUUAAAAUAGAAUUCUUAUGAUUUAAUAUCAACAGCUACACAUAAGGUUUGUAAUAAUGCUUCCAAAUAACAAAUCAAAUAAAUGGAUAAAUAAGAAUUGAAAUCUUUUAGAGGUCAUUAUUAUAGAGAAGGUCAAAUUAGAACAAAAGGAUUAACUACAAUCUUAUUUGAUACAGAUAUGAGAUCAGAUGAGGAUGAAGCAGAUCAAUAUUAAAAUAUCGAAGAAAAUAGAAAAGAGUUUUUUGACAAAAUGGAAGAACUAUAUGAUUAUGUCUUUGGUGGAAAGGCUAAUUUAGUCUCAUUUGAAAAGAGCUAACCAAUUCCUUAUUGA